CUUUACCCAAAUACACGUGAGGCUUUUGCAACCCAAACAGCAAGAUGUCUCACUAUAAUUUCAAGAAAUUAACCGUUGUUCCUUCUUCAAAGGACUUUGUUGACAUCGUCCUUUCGAAGACCCAGAGAAAGACACCAACUGUUAUUCACAAGAAUUACAAAAUCUCACGGAUACGUCAGUUUUACAUGCGGAAAGUGAAGUUUGCCCAACAGACUUUUCAUGACAAGCUGUCGAUGAUCCUUACAGAAUUUCCCAAACUUGAGGACAUCCAUCCCUUCUACGCUGACUUGAUGAAUGUGUUGUAUGACAAGGAUCACUACAAGCUAGCCCUGGGUCAGAUGAACACAGCUCGACAUCUCAUCGACAAUGUUUCAAAGGACUAUGUCCGGCUCAUGAAGUAUGGCGAUACUUUGUACAGAUGUAAGCAACUGAAGAAGGCUGCUUUAGGAAGGAUGUGCACCAUCAUGAAGCGACAGAAGCAGAGUCUGGAGUAUCUGGAGCAGGUGAGGCAGCAUCUGUCCCGACUCCCCUCCAUCGACCCCAACACUCGCACCCUCCUCAUCUGCGGCUUCCCCAACGUUGGCAAGUCCAGCUUCAUCAACAAGAUAACGAGAGCUGAUGUUGAAGUCCAGCCCUAUGCCUUCACAACCAAGUCCUUGUAUGUGGGCCACACUGACUACAAAUACCUCCGCUGGCAGGUGCUGGACACACCUGGUAUUUUGGAUCACUCCCUGGAAGACAGGAACACCAUCGAGAUGCAGGCCAUCACUGCCCUCGCCCACAUCCGUGCCGCCGUCCUGUACGUGAUGGACCUCUCUGAGCAGUGUGGACACUCCCUACAGGAGCAGGUGUCCCUCUUCAACAACAUCAAGCCUUUGUUCGCCAACAAGCCCCUGCUGGUGAUAGCAAAUAAGAUCGAUGUAGUUCGACUGGAGGAGUUGGAUGCAUCUAAGAAGAAAUUCUUCGAUGAGUUUGAGAGUGAGUCUAUCCCUGUGCUGUCCAUGAGCACUCUGACAGAGGAGGGGGUGAUGGAUGUCCGGGCAGAGGCAUGUGAGAGACUGCUGGCUCAUCGUGUGGAAACAAAACUGAAGACCAAGAAAGUUGCUGAUAUUGCAAACAGACUGCGGGUGGCCUACCCCUCACAGAGAGAUGGCAAGGAACGGCCACCUUUCAUUCCUGAGUCAGUUUUAAAGAAGAGAGCAGAAAUGGAUACUGAUUCUAAAAAGAAGAAGAAGCUGCUACGAGAGGUUGAGCUUGAAAUGGAUGAUGAGUACAUUCUAGAUUUAAGAAGGGAGUGGGACUUGCGGAAUGAGGAGGAAAAGUAUGAUGUGUUGCCGGAGAUCUGGGAGGGCCACAACGUUGCCGACUUCAUCGACCCAGACAUCAUGGAGAAACUGGAUGCCCUGGAGAAGGAGGAAGAGCUGAGAGAGGCUGCUGGUUUCUAUGCCAGCGAUGAGAGUGAAGAAGAUGAGGAGAUGAUGGAAAUUCGAGAGAAAGCAAGCAGGAUUCGAGAGAAGAAGGGCAUCAUGAUGAUGGAGUCCCUGGAGCAGAGGGGUGCCAACAGGUCCCGACUUCCCCGCACAGGGAAGAAGGUGGACAAGAGCCGUCUGGAGUCGGAGAUGGAGGCGCUUGGGGUUGUGAUUGACAACAAGUCAGAGACACAUUAUGCCCGCAGCAAAACAAGAAGUGCUAGCCGUAAACCACUCAAGAGGAAACGAGAUGAAUCUGAAGAUCCAAGCAGAAGUAGGUCAAGGUCAAGAGCACGUGACCUGUCUGGCGUCAGAGAUACAGCGGUGAUGACUUGUGUUGCAGAUGGUGACCAAGAUCGAAAGAUAGCCAGGAAGGCCCAGAAACCCAUGGCCCACCAGGCCAAGAAGGGAGAGGGAGACAGGGUGAUCCUCAACAUGAUGCCCAAACAUCUGUAUUCCGGCAAACGCAAGAUGGGCAAAACCAGCCACAGAUAACCUGCUCCACCAUUGCUUUAAUUCACAGACACCUGGUGUCGCAGACAUGCUGAAGAUCAUAUUUACCUGUCAACCAUCACUAUAUGAUUGAUCAAUGAAUGAGACUUCAGCAGUGAACAGUGUUGCAUCUAGCUGCGUAUUUAGUGUAAUUUAUGUGAUUGUUAUGAGAUAGGAGCACAUUUGUUAUUCCCUGGGCCAUUCAUGAUGCUGGAAAUAAUGCAUAAUUAACUAAAAUAUGCAUGGACAUUUUAUUUUCAAUGUAUCGAAGCCAGUAAAUGUACAGAAAUUUGUUUACGCUGUCGCUCCAAUGCCAUUAGACAGGCAUGAAAAUAUUGAAACGGAAGCAUUCUUGUCAUAAAUUGUAGCCAGAAGCAGUGGUCUACAAGGCCACAUCUCCUAGAUGCAACACUGUAAGGAACACUGGGCCAGACUUUCACCGAUAUGUGGCGACAGAGGGAUGAUGAUCUGGUUUUUAUCUGACAUCCUGAAACCCAUGUCGAGGAUACCUCUAUUGGUAUUACAAACCAACAUAACCAAAUCCAUAUUGAACCAAGUUGGGGCUAUGGGGAGGAAUGGUACUCCCUCGUCGUUAUGUUAUCUUUAGUUGAAGGAAUGUUGAGAGAUUUGUUAUGGACUGGUUGGUGAGCAUGUUGAACAGUUUGUAUCACAACAUGCACUGUGUGGUACAUUGUGUGUGGAGGCUGUGGGCGUAUCACCAUAGCAGACAUAUUGCCGUAUACUGCUACCUGUAUAGUGCAUACAGUGAGUGCCGUGAGACAGGCCUUGUCAUCUGGGCUAUUUUCUGGGCCGGGAAUAAACGGUUAUUUGAGAA